AAAUCGAACCGAACAGUGACAGCCGCACAGGGACGGAUAUCCCGAAAAGGUACACAGCAUUGAAGCCGGCAAAUAUGCCCUGUAUUCUUCUUCAGCUUGUUGUAUAUAAAAAUAAAAAUCAAAGUCGAUUUCUCCUCCUCCGCUCUUGGCUUCUCAGAUAAGAUUCUACUGCUGCAUAGUUGUUGCUCAAAAUGGUUGAUGCAAAGUCUUCGAUAGCGAAAGAUGUUACUGAACUAAUUGGUAAAACACCACUUGUGUAUCUCAACCGUGUUGUUGAUGGCUGCGUGGCUCGGAUUGCUGCCAAGUUGGAGAUGAUGGAGCCUUGCUCCAGCGUUAAGGAUAGGAUUGGCUAUAGCAUGAUUACAGAUGCAGAGAAAAAUGGAGAUAUCAUUCCAGGGGAGAGUGUCUUGAUUGAACCUACCAGCGGAAACACUGGUAUAGGAUUGGCCUUCAUUGCUGCUGCCAAGGGUUACAAACUCAUAAUUACGAUGCCUGCAUCAAUGAGUCUUGAAAGAAGAACCAUUCUUCGAGCUUUCGGAGCUGAACUGGUUCUCACUGAUCCAGCUCGAGGGAUGAAAGGAGCUGUUCAGAAGGCUGAAGAGAUAAAAGCAAAGACACCUAACGCUUACAUCCUUCAGCAAUUUGAAAACCCUGCUAACCCAAAGAUCCACUACGAAACCACUGGUCCAGAGAUUUGGAAUGGCUCGGGUGGAAAGGUUGAUGCACUUGUCUCUGGCAUAGGAACUGGAGGUACAGUGACAGGUGCAGGGAAGUAUCUUAAAGAACAAAAUCCCAACAUCAAGUUAUAUGGUGUAGAACCAGUUGAAAGUGCAAUUCUAUCUGGAGGAAAGCCUGGCCCACAUAAAAUCCAAGGAAUAGGGGCAGGCUUUGUCCCUGGAGUUUUGGAUGUCAGUGUGCUGGAUGAAGUUGUUCAAGUAUCAAGUGAAGAAGCCAUUGAAACUGCAAAGCUGCUUGCAUUGAAAGAAGGUUUACUGGUCGGUAUAUCAUCUGGUGCUGCAGCCGCCGCUGCAAUUAAGGUUGCAAAGAGACCAGAAAAUGCUGGAAAGCUCAUUGUUGUGGUCUUCCCGAGCUUCGGUGAGCGAUACCUCUCGACUGUGCUGUUCGAGUCUGUGAAACGGGAGACCGAGAACAUGGUUUUCGAGCCAUGAGAGGUUAGAUAACAUCCCCUUGCCUUCAAAUGGAGCCAUCCAGUUGAAUAUUCUCUGCAAAUAUCCCAUGGGUCAAAGCAAAGAAAGUGAAAAUGAACUUCAAGUGGUUCUUUUUAAGCUUCCAAUGCUUUUGGUUCUUCCUUCUAGUAAUUUGAACCUGUGUUUCUGAAUGGUUUCUUCCUUUCUGGUUUGCUCAGCUUUAGUGGAUAAACACAUAGAUGCAACUGAGAAUAAGGACUCUCUUUUAUGUAAUCUCUUCUGUUGAAUAAUGUAUUGGAUGAGUAAUUUGUUUAUGAAAAUGGUAAUGAAGAUGAAAAUAUAAAAAUAUUCAAA